AUGAUUGGUAUUCGACGAUGGACGCUCUUGGUUGCAUUUUUGUGGUUAGCAAUAACGACCGAGGCUAGGCGCAAACUCAAGCGAGACGAAAUGGAAGGCUUAAAAUCAAUGGAGACUGGCGAUUAUGAUGAAGAGUUUAACGAGCUAGAGCCAUGUCAAUGUGGCGUGUUCAUGUCGCAGCAAGUGGGCAUCAAGGAGGGUCGUCGGAGCCGACCCCGAGGGCCGCCGCAAGGCGAGCCUGUAGUCACGUACGACACUGACAGCCCAAGUUUGCCAUGUGGCUCGGGGGGAUUCAAGCACUGCAUCAGCAAAUGCCUCGAUGUGAUAUUAAAGUACCUGCCGCGCGCCGGUCCAGUAAUCUGCGGCGCAGUGGAGCGAGAUGUACGCAGAGAGAAGGCGUUCCUUUUUAUCAAGAACUGUGGAGGAGAGUGGACGCCCACUAACUUUUCCGCUGGAAAAGAAUUCUGCUGCACCGAUGGACAACAUCAUAAGUGCUAGAUGUAAUCAUUAAUUUAUAAUUUUUAUAAUUACUUAGAUUCAUACUUUAACGGUUUUUAUCUCAAAAAGCCGAGCAAGUAAGGGU